GAGGGGGCGCCGGGUGUCUGGACGGGGCAGAAGCAGAGGCGGCGGCCGAAGAUGGCGGGGUGCAGGGGCGUCCUGUGCUGCUGCUGCCGCUGGUGCUGCUGCUGCGGAGAGCGCGAGAGCCGCACCCCGGAGGAGCUGACUAUCCUUGGAGAAACACAGGAGGAAGAUGAUGAGAUCCUUCCCCGAAAGGACUAUGAGAGUUUGGACUAUGAUCGUUGUAUCAAUGAUCCCUACCUGGAAGUGCUGGAAAGCAUGGAUAAUAAGAAAGGUCGAAGGUAUGAGGUGGUGAAGUGGAUGAUGGUGUUUGCUAUUGGAGUCUCCACUGGCCUGGUGGGCCUCUUUGUGGACUUCUUUGUACGACUCUUCACCCAGCUCAAGUUCCGAGUUGUACAGGCUUCGGUGGAGGAAUGCAGCGAGAAGGGAUGCCUCGCCCUCUCCCUCCUUGAACUUCUGGGCUUUAACCUGACGUUUGUCUUCUUAGCCAGUCUGCUUGUCCUGAUCGAGCCUGUGGCAGCCGGUUCUGGGAUUCCAGAGAUCAAAUGCUACCUGAAUGGUGUGAAAGUGCCGGGCAUCAUCCGUCUCCGAACCCUGGCGUGCAAGGUUUUGGGAGUGCUUUUCAGUGUGGCUGGAGGACUCUUUGUAGGGAAGGAAGGUCCCAUGAUCCACAGUGGUGCAGUUGUGGGGGCUGGACUCCCUCAGUUCCAGAGCAUCUCUUUGCGGAAAAUCCAGUUUAACUUCCCCUAUUUUCGAAGUGACAGAGACAAGCGAGAUUUCGUGUCAGCAGGUGCAGCUGCAGGUGUUGCCGCAGCUUUUGGGGCCCCCAUUGGGGGCACCCUCUUCAGCUUGGAAGAGGGGUCAUCCUUCUGGAACCAGGGACUCACUUGGAAAGUGCUCUUUUGUUCCAUGGCUGCCACGUUCACCCUGAACUUCUUUCGCUCUGGAAUCCAGUUUGGAAGUUGGGGUUCCUUCCAGCUCCCCGGGUUGCUGAAUUUUGGGGAGUUCAAGUGCUCUGACUCUGAUAAAAAAUGUCACCUCUGGACAGCUGUGGAUUUGGGUUUCUUCAUCGUGAUGGGGGUCAUUGGGGGCCUCCUUGGAGCCACAUUCAACUGUCUGAACAAGAGGCUUGCAAAGUACCGUAUGCGAAACGUGCACCCGAAACCUAAGCUUGUCAGAGUCUUGGAAAGUCUGUUGGUAUCCCUGAUGACUACGGUUGUGGUAUUUGUUGCUUCCAUGAUUUUGGGAGAGUGCCGGCAAAUAUCCUCUGCAAGUCAGAGUGGUAAUGACUCAUUCCAGCCACAGGUUACUUCAGAAGAUGUGAAUGCAAGCAUCAAAACUUUUUUUUGCCCCAAUGAGACCUACAAUGACAUGGCAACGCUAUUCUUCAACCCCCAAGAAUCUGCCAUCCUGCAGCUCUUUCACCAAGAUGGGACUUUCAGCCCCGUCACGCUGGCCUUGUUCUUCAUCCUCUACUUCUUACUCUCAUGCUGGACCUAUGGCAUGUCGGUUCCAAGCGGCCUCUUCGUGCCCUCCCUGCUCUGUGGAGCUGCUUUUGGACGCUUAGUUGCCAACGUUCUGAAAAGCUACAUUGGAUUGGGCCACAUCUAUUCAGGGACCUUUGCCUUGAUUGGUGCCGCAGCUUUCCUGGGUGGUGUGGUGCGAAUGACCAUCAGCCUUACCGUCAUCCUGAUAGAGUCCACCAACGAGAUCACUUACGGGCUUCCCAUUAUGAUCACCUUGAUGGUGGCCAAGUGGACUGGGGACUUCUUCAACAAAGGCAUUUACGACAUCCAUGUGGGACUUCGGGGGGUGCCGCUUCUCGAGUGGGAGACGCAAGUGGAAAUGGACAAGCUGAGAGCUAACGACAUCAUGGAGCCCAACCUGACAUACGUCUACCCCCAUACUCGCAUCCAGUCUCUGGUCAGCAUCCUGCGCACCACAGUCCACCACGCGUUCCCUGUGGUGACGGAGAAUCGGGGCAACGAGAAGGAGUUCAUGAAGGGAAAUCAGUUGAUCAGUAACAACAUAAAAUUCAAGAAAUCUAGCAUUCUCACCCGGGCUGGUGAGCAGCGCAAGAGGAGCCAGUCUAUGAAAUCCUACCCAUCAAGUGAGCUUCGUAACAUGUGUGAUGAACACAUAGCCACAGAGGAGCCGGCAGAGAAGGAGGACCUCUUGCAGCAGAUGCUGGAGAGGAGAUACACUCCGUACCCCAACCUGUACCCUGACCAGUCCCCCAGUGAAGACUGGACCAUGGAGGAACGCUUCCGCCCGUUGACCUUUCAUGGCCUGAUUCUUCGAUCGCAGCUCGUCACGUUGCUGGUCCGAGGAGUUUGCUAUUCUGAAAGUCAGUCGAGUGCUAGCCAGCCUCGGCUCUCCUAUGCCGAGAUGGCUGAGGAUUAUCCCCGCUAUCCGGACAUCCACGACCUGGACUUGACCCUGCUGAACCCCCGGAUGAUUGUGGAUGUUACCCCAUACAUGAACCCGUCACCGUUUACGGUCUCGCCCAAUACUCACGUCUCACAGGUCUUCAAUUUGUUUAGAACGAUGGGCCUCAGACACUUGCCAGUGGUGAACGCAGUGGGGGAGAUUGUUGGGAUUAUUACCCGGCACAACCUGACCUAUGAAUUUCUCCAAGGAAGACUAAGACAGCACUAUCAGACCAUGUGACCCUCACCGACUCCCCCUCCAGCUACAAGGCAGCCUUUCCUCUCCUGGGGAGAGCUGCAGGGUGACUCCUUUCCAUUCCGCCCUGGACCUCAGCUCUCCCAGGGCGCGGAGGAUUCACCAGUCGGUUUCACCCACAUGCACGCAAAGCUGGAGUUGUCAGACAUUUUGCUGGUCAGAGAUGUGAGGGGUUUUCAGUAACAGCGGAGAUGCUGCCUAGCAAAGAGCCUUCCCCUGGCUGGUAUCUUCUCCUGCCCCUCUGCUGUCCUCCUUACCAUCAGAUGUUUGCACAGACCCCCGGCUCUUCCUUCAGCUCUACCUGGGGACCAGAAGUUCACACGUCCUACCCACUAGAGGAGGAAGCUUAGAGCAUUUCAUCCCGUGCACUCCUCAUUGCAGCUUUCCUUCUACAGCUGAUGCCUUAGUUGAGGAAAGGGGAUUUUGGCGUCGGCAGGCACUGUCAUACUGCCAGCUGUAAAAUUAAGUGAGUUACUAGUUUGAGGAAGGGAGAACCUUACAGAAAGUUCUAACUUGGUCAUCUUCUCUUUAGUUUUUAAAGACCACUUUCAUGCUUCCUUGGGGUCAGCAAGUGUUCUCCUGGGGGCCCUGGGCUUGUGUUUGUUGCUAGCACAUUCCAGAAGCACAGUGAAUUAGAGCCUUAGUCCUGGUAUUAGAAAGGGGUUAAUCUCACAGCGAGGAUGUCAGUGUAUGCAUGCCCUCAGCCAGGAGUCCGUGUAGGGGCAGAGCUUCUCCUGGCGCAUCGUCUGAUGGGUCCCCUCCACUCUCCGUGUUUUCAGUGGCCUUUGGCCGCUUAACGAUUUAGUCUCGCCCUGCCUGUGUGAAGCUAGUAGAUGAGAUUCUCUCAGACCCCUUUUCCUCUCCAAAGAUAACUAAGCAGAAGAAUCUUUAGCUCCAUCAGCUUCCUUGGUGAAGCAGCCCAGAGGAAUUUAGCAUCACCCAAAGUUACUUGAGAGCAGGGCACGCUGGGGUCAGAUUGUCUCACUUCAGUCUGAAAUUCUGUAGCAUUUUUACAUGAUGGCAGAAACUUACAUGGGCUGAGUACCUUCCCUCCUGACCGUUCCCAGGUGUGCGUUGAGUCAGAGAAAUGAAAGGUGAGACCCGUCCUCCCACUGAGGGCUGAGGAGCUCUGGAUCAGAUGUGCCCCGCCAUGUCCUCCCCAGCCUUGUUCCCACAGGCUCUGUGGUCCUCACUUUGCCCCGAGUUCUUCUGCUGGUAGUGCGGAUAGAGAGAGGUCACCCAGAUGUCGCUCCCUCCCUGAUAGCGCAUAAACUGCAGCUUCUCUUUUAAGCUUUGGGUUGAGGGCAUUAUACAAAGCAGGUAGCGUUAUCUCCUCCAGUGGCUGUUGCUUAUUCCAGUUCCACUGAAGUAGCUCCUUCUCUGAGCACGGCACGUGAUGAAGUCAGGCAUUGGUGGCCAGGCCCUCUCUUUUACCUCUGCUGCUGCCUUUCAGCCAUUUCCUCCCCAUCUAACUGCCCACUUGAUGCUCAUGUUUUCUUUGACCCAAGCUAUCAUGAAUGGCAUCCUCUGAUGUCUUAGUUUUUUCCUCCUUCCUUGAAGGUGGGUUGAGGGCUUGCUUCAGCUCCUGUCUCCCUCUGUCACUGCUGUGGGGCCUUGGGCUGAGGUUCACAUGGUAGACACUGCUCCGGUUUGGGAGGUAGGGUCAGUCCUGGCUUAAAAUCAGCACAUUUGAAAGUGAAUUUUCCUCAAGAGAAGGUGUUCUUGUGAGUCUUGUGCACCUGACUGGGAUUCACGCUGCCCAAGGUUCUUUAUCAUUUUGACCAAAAUUACUAUAACUUGUUUCUAAAUUACUCACUUUUUCUGGAUUCAGUGGAGAAGAGAUUCCCCGCCAUCCAGGAAAUUUCCGGGACCAAAAUGCCGGAUCCCUCUAAACUGGGUAUCUCCGUCUGAUUGUGAAUUCAGCUAACUGCUGUGGCCGCCACCGUUUUAACACAUGCGAGUCCAGAUGCUGUAGUAACAUGAUAGUUUGCGUUUUCUUUUUUUCAUUUUUUUAAAUCUCGUUAAGAAUUACCAAGAGCUUUGGAAACCUUUUGCACCACAAUGUCUGCACAAACUAGGAGAAUUGUACCCUAUUGAACAGGUGUUCUGCCCUUACGUUUUUCCUUCCCAUCUGUCUCUCACAACUAACGUGACAAGUUCUUCUUUAAGUCUGUCUUCUCAUCUGGACAGCAGAUCCAUAUGGCCACGUCUGGAGGCUACUCCAAGGAAUUUCCCAUCCCAGUGCGCAGACUGUCAGAGUAUGGGAUUACACACUACCAGGAAA